AUGGCGGGCGGCGACGGCCGGAGCGACCCCCUGGGCCUCCAAUCGGCGCUGGAGCGGCGCCUCAAGGCCCAGGGCGACAUCUCCCUGGACGACUUCGAGGCGUCCUUCUCGCCGCCUGGCCCCGGGCGCCAGUUCCUGGAUCGCGUCUCCUUCGACGUGCGGUCCGCGAGGCACUGGCGCCUGCUGGACGCGGACGUCGAUGACCACAACAGGGCGGCCAACGCGGGAUCCUGGGGCCCAAGGCGGCUGCGGAGCUUGCCCACGAGACUGUCCGCUCAGGCGAUGGCGCAACUCGAGAAUGACGGCUUCGUGGUCAGCGACGUGCGUCUGGCGAGCUUCGGGGAUGCCUUUUUGAGGAUCUACAGCGACGACCUGCCGGUGUGGGUGGGCGCGGACGCCAUGCUGCACGCCUGGCACCGGACGUACGACGAGAUGCUGGUGCACCUGGAGGAGCGAUGGCUGGCACCGGCGCUUGGGCGGCUGCUGGAAGGGAUGCGAGGGGCCGUGGCGGCGGCCGCGCAGUCGCUGGGAGCCACAGUACUGCACCAGGGCGUGCACGACGCCGACUAUUUUUUAACGGUGGCGGCGGGGUUAAUGAACCCCAAGCAGCCAUUUGCGCAGGUGGCCAGCGUCCUGGGGCACGACCAGGUUGUGGGGCAGACGCUGGCGGCGAUCGAGGCCGGGCAGCUGACGACGUUCGAGCUGUUCGGCACGGACAGGAUGGUCGACUUUUCGCAGUUCAAGCCUAGGGGCCACUACACCAGGAGCGAGGCGCUGAGGCGGUACUUUCGGGCGAUGAUGUGGUGCGGACGGGUGGAGCUGAGGAUGAGAGGGAAGGGGGGGGCGCGGGAGCUAGGGGCCGCGGUGGCGAUGGUGCAUCUGUUGAGGGAGAGCGGGGAGUGGGAGGCUUGGGGAGCGUUCAGCGACGCGCUGGAGGCCCUGGUUGGGAAGACGGACUCAAUGACGUUCCGGCAGCUAGAGGCGGUCCUGAGGCAGUACUGCACGCAGGCUGGGAUACGGACCAUGACAGAAUUCAGGGAAGACCGCUGCCUUGAUGAACUCCUAGCGCUGAUCAGAAACUCCAACAUGGGAUCGCAAGCCAUCUGCAGCUCGGUGCUGGAGAGCAAUCCCACUGACCCAAACCCAGUCCCCCUCCCCUUGGCAAUCACAUUUGUGGGGCAGAAAUUUGUGAUGGACAGCUGGGCACUGUCAAACAUCGUCUAUGACAGGGUGCUGUACAGAGAGGCCAAGGUGGCACACAAACAUCCCACCUGCCUUGAUGUGUGCUUCUCCAUCUUUGGCAACAAUUCCGCCACCCCACACAUCGCAGAUAGGGUCCGAAAGAUGAACCAGCCAUACCAUUCAAGCCUGACUGCAGUGAGGUCAGUGGUGGACGGGCUCCCAGAGGCUGCGUGGGGAGGUAGUCUGUGCUCGAUGUGGUUGAAGCUUCUGCGCAUUUUGUCUGAGCCCAUUGGGGAUGACUACCCUCAGGCGAUGAGGACACGGGCAUGGGCGGCAAGGGACAUGGAGACCCAGGCCGCCAGCUGGACGCAGCUGAGGCAUGACAACAUCCUCUAUGCAAAACAGUCUUACGGGGGCAUGUUCAUGUGCGAGUACCCUGCCGGUUAUGUUGACCCACGCCCGAGCUUCUGGGCAGCCUUCUUGGAGAUGGUGAAUAGGGCAAAGAAAAUCGUACAGAGCACUUUUUUGGGCCUUGACAUGGGCACGCUGCAGGGAAUGAUGGCUGUGCUGCAGAGAUGGCAGGGUGUGUUGUGGAUGCUGCACCGCAUAGCCCAGAAGGAGCAGGGCCACCAGCCGCUGGCGGAUGCCGAGACGGAUUUUUUGAGGCGGAUAGUGACAAAGAUGGGCACGGGCAGCAUGGGGCCCACGUACGAUGGCUGGUACUGCGAACUGUUCUAUGGGGACCCAUGUGGGUGCUCCGUGCAAGACUGCAUUGUGGCUGACGUGCACACCCAGCCACCAGAUUACGAAGAUACGAGGGGCUUUGUGCUGCACGAGGGGAUCGGCCCACCAGCGCUGAUGACAAUUGCGGCUGACUCAGGGAGCGAUCUGGCGCUCUAUGUUGGGCCCGUUUUCACCCACCACGAGUUUGAGGAGCCGGGCAUGGUGCGGCUCAGCGACAACGAGUGGUUGGAUCGCUGCACUAGGGGCCAUCUGCCAGCGACGGCGGAUUGGAAGACGUUUCUUGCGCCUAAAGAGAGCAACGUAUCAAGAGUUUGGUGA